AGCAGACAUUCUGUAGGCACUUCAGCACAUUCACUGCUUGGAACUGCUAAGAGACGGCAGACAGAAUGGGAGCAGCUAGCUUCAACUAUUGGAUCCUUCUGACAACAGCUCUAAUCAGCCUGACAGCCUUACAAGCUACACUGGCUGAAGUGGUGAUGUCCCUUCCAGCUCAACUGGAAGCAGAAAUUGAUGGAUCCAUCCAGCUUCCUUGUACCCAUCAGGUGACAGGGACUACCUCGAACCAUAUUGUGGAGUGGUUUGUUGAGGUCAAGAAUGGGUUAAGAGAACGUAUUGCAUUCAGAGACUUGACCAGCUCCAAGAUUGAUGUACACACUGACUAUACGGAUCGUAUCAUCGUGCAACCAGAUUAUACACUUACUGUUUCCAACGUGCGUCUAAUUGAUGAGCGGAUAUUCUAUUGUCAGGUGACAGCAGGCUCUUCUGGUAGUGGAGUGGGAAUGACAAACUUGAAGGUGUAUGCUGUUCCUGACAAGCUGGAAAUAACAAAUAAGAAAGAGGACCUAGUUGUGACAGCACAUGCUACACCCCUAGAGAUUGCAACUUGCACAGUCAAAAAUGUCUAUCCAACACAACAGAUCAUUUGGUACAAAAAUGGGCUUCAACUGGAAACAGUCACUGAACGUAAUGAUGAUAUGUACAUGGCACCUCAUACACUGAGAGAACCAUCCGGGCUGUUUACUGUUUCCAGCACACUUUUUAUGAAAAUUUUCAGGAAGGACAAUGACUCCACAUUCCAUUGCAGUGUUAUAUAUGAAACGCCCAAGAGGAAAAUCCUUAUUCUGAAUUCAACCAUGGUACAUCGCAACAUCCACUACUACACAGAAGAGGUGACCUUUGAACUGAUGCAGCCAAAGGUAAUCAAAGAGGGAGAUAAAGUUACAAUGAAGUGUACAGCAGAUGGCCAUCCUGUUCCAGAGUUCCAGCUCUCCAAACUACAGCAUGGUGAGGAAAAAGAAAUUCCCUUUUCUAGCAAUGGCAUCUACGUUUUUAAAAGCAUCAGAAGAAAGGAUAGUGGCACCUACCGUUGCGAAGCUUUGGAUUUUGAUUCACCAGACGAAAUCAAUCUUAAAAGAGACCUGGUCAUCACAGUAAACUAUUUGGAUUCUGUAAUUGUACAUCCUUCGGGCACAGUGACUGUUUCACUUGGAGAAACAAAGGAAGUGACUUGCACAGCAACUGGAUCUCAAGAACCAAAAAUUAUGUGGCUAAAGAAUGGCAAACCUGUUUCCGACACACAAAUUCUCAGCUUGAAGGAAGUUGACUACAACUCACAGGGUACAUAUACCUGUGAAGCAAGCAUCCCUUCUGUACCAGGGUUGGUCAAGACAAAUAACACUGUCAUCACUGUGACAGGUAAACCUGCUAUGGAAGACCUGAAGAGUGAAUAUGACAUUGAACACAACAAGGCUACUUUGACCUGUUCAGCAGUAGGAAAUCCCUUACCUAUCAUCACUUGGAGUAUUCCAAAAUUAAAGCCUAUGGACAGUCAGUCAGAAAACAGAGUCACGAGUACACUGUUGAUAGAGAUAACAAAGGAACUGUCUGAGAGUACAGUACAAUGCACAGCAAAAAACGAAGUGGGCAGCUCCAUGAAAACAAUCCAGUUGAUUAAAUUACCAGAGAAAGAAAUGACGGCUGGAACAGGAGACGUGGACCCGGUUCUUAAAUCAGCUGACCAUCAAACAGGAACAGGUAGUAGUGUGGCCGUCAUUGCAGUCGUUGUUUCUGUUGUACUGCUCCUAGUGAUUGUUGGUCUCCUCUACUUUCUGCACAAAAGUAAAAAGCUGCCUUGUGGCCGACAAGAGAAGUCGUCACUUACUACUGCAGAAGGAAAGACGGAAGAUAUAGUCGUUGAGAUGAAGAAUGACAGACCAAAUGAGGAGGCUGGACUGCUAGGUGCAAAGUCUGGGAAACAAUAAGCAGAACAGUGCCGAAACUGCUGCACAGAAUUGGUACAGAAUCAUAGCACAAUCCAUGCUCCUUGUGUUCUGCCCAUGCACCAAGAAGAAGAAAAAGACGACGCAUGCUCCUGCUGUUUCAGUAAAACUGCUGUGUGUCAUGUGUUCAGAAACAGCAGAUGGUUUUCAUUUUCAGAAAACUGCAAAAGCAAACACCUUACUGUAAUCCAAAAUAGUGCUUUUUUUUGUUGUUUUGCUACUGUACAUACUGUUCGGUGCAUGCCAGUCUGAAGUGUCGAUGUGAUUCUGGAAUGUCCAAGGCUCCCAUUCAUUCUCGAAGUCCAGCAGUACCUUAGAAACCAAAUCAACUGUCAACCAUUUGUUAAAUGUCAAAGCUGUGAUGUCACUUCCGGGUCCUUGUAAUAUAUCCCAAGCAAAAAGUAAUUUCCUGUGUGUUGUAAUAUAUUCUUCCCCUUUCCUUUUGUGACAUACAGCAGUUGUUCUGUGUGCACAGAACACUAACAUUAUGUUAAGACAGACAAAGAACAGCCUUACCAAAAAUUGAUCACAACUGGAAAAGAUGUCCUACUGAUUUUUCUGCCACUAAGUUGGACUAUGCCAGUCUAGCAAAGAAAUAUCCUCUGGAUGCUUAUAACACUUUUUGAAAACUAUCUGUAUAUAAUGUUUAUUAUUUUAUAAAGUGUGUGAUGUCUCUUCUGUUUGUGAAGGUACUCUGGUUGUGGAUGAAUGCAUUGCUUUUCUGUAUUCCUUUAUUAAUCUGUUUAGUGUAAGACUAGUAGAUUUACAGACAUUAGAAUGUUUUUACUUUGACAAGGAAUCUAUACUGAAGCUUAUCUAGCAGUUGUAUAUGAAAUGCAGAAACAGAGUUGUUGCAGCCAAAGCUGGCAUGUUAUCUUUCACUGACUGCUAAACCCCCUUCCUACUUUAUACUUGUAAGGCAUAUGAGUUAAAGUGUGAGCAUAUGUCAUUACAAGUGAUUGGAUCCUUAAGGAAAUUCUGAGUGCGUUUGCAUACUUACCUGUGCUUAGUAGCAUGUCACCUUCACAAAGUUACACCUUUAUUCUUAGCUGUAAGGUCUCAUCUAGCUUAUACCUUUACUUUCCUGCCUGUGAGGUGCUCCCCCACUCUUUGUACCUGUUGAUUAUGUAUGCCUCAUCACAAUGUCCAGCAGCUGCACAUUUUCACCUCCUGCCAUUGUGGCAUUUCCACUCAGCACAGCCUUCUACAUGUGAUGCUGCCUUCCUGCUUCCCACAUCCAUUAAUAAAUGUUUCUUUCUGCUUUGGAAACCCAAAUAUCAUGGGAUGAUCUCUACUGAGCUAAUGUUUUGCAAGAAAUGAAUCACGAAACAGGCUUGGUGGGCAUUUUUAUAUAGAUUCUGUUUAAUCAAGUUUAAUAUAAUGUGUCAUUAUAAUUUGUCUGACUAUAAUGCUUAGUACUCAGAUUUACAGCACACAAAUUUUGACAACUGUUACAUUAGUGUAGCCUACAGUAAGUUUUAGAUGGCAAUCUGUGUAUCCCACAAUCUCAUUGGGAAAUGAAUGCAGGCUGUAUGAAUACUUUAAUGGUAGUUUACUGUUUAAGCUCUGUUUCAAUAUUCUUCUUUCUCUGCUGCUGUAUGAUUAACUAUUAUGUUCUCAGCUGUACACCUGAGCAUGACAUGAUAGCUGCAAGGUAUGUAAUACCUUAGCAAGAGGUGUCCAUAUGAUUCAGGCUGGAAAACAGGACAACAUAAGUUAAAUGCAGUAGUAGCAGCUCAUGUUAUUUUGGGAGCUUGUGUUCAGUUUCAGUGGGCUCAGUGUUUCCCUGUUGUUACUAGUUUUGGGAGCUUGUGUUCAGUUUCAGUGGGCUCAGUGUUUUCCCUGUUGUUACUAGUUUUGGGAGCUUGUGUUCAGUUUCAGUGGGCUCAGUGUUUCCCUGUUGUUACUAGUUUUGGGAGCUUGUGUUCAGUUUCAGUGGGCUCAGUGUUUCCCUGUUGUUACUAGAGCUUGUGUUCAGUUUCAGUGGGCUCAGUGUUUUCCUGUUGUUACUAGUUUUGGGAGCUUGUGUUCAGUUUCAGUGGGCUCAGUGUUUCCCUGUUGUUACUAGUUUUGGGAGCUUGUGUUCAGUUUCAGUGGGCUCAGUGUUUUCCCUGUUGUUACUAGAGCUUGUGUUCAGUUUCAGUGGGCUCAGUGUUUCCCUCUUGUUACUAGUAUAAACUCUUCUGUUUUAUGUUGUCUGUACUGUACCAGCAUGGCUGUUCUCUUCUCUUGCCCUUUUGUUAUAAAACCCUUGACAGAAUCUCUCUGUCUGUGAUUUUAGUAAUGCUGUCACUUAGCGCUGAUUUUCACAGUAAAUUCUAUACUAGUUCUGAUGCAAUGUUUUGCCCUAUAAUAUUUUUUGCUUGGUUACAUAUGAAUUUUACUGUUCAAUCCUGUUGUGCUGCAGUAGAGACACUCUGCCACUGAAGUCUUUUUUUCAAUGAUUUUCUGACUGCACUGCAUUCACAGUUCUGCAGUGUCUCCCUUAUUAGCAGACAGGUGCAUUGGUUGCAUUCAGCACUAACCUUACUGUACUGUUCUCAUGAGCCUUUAUCUGUACCUGUACCAUAAGUCCUUGUGCUGCAACAGUAAAACAAGCUACAGUGCUGUUAUCACCCCCGAUGUGGGCUCUGUAUAGGUACAUUGCAUGCACGUGUACAUACAUAUAUAUUUUGAUACUAGCUCCACUAUUCAUACACUCUGGAAUAUACUAGCUCCACUAAUCAUACACUCUGGAAGGGUCCUGCCUGUCUUUAUUCUGCUGUUCAUUGUGUUCUAAUGUUCUUAAGCAUACUGUGUCACUUUGAUAAGUAAUUGUAGAACCCCCUUACCUUAGCAGUAUGUGUCAAGAGCAGUGCUGUUGUGUAUCUGCUCACCGUUGCAGGGAGAUUGUUCACUUGCUUAACUUCAUAUUACUAACACAAUGCCAGAUAUAAGGUGGAGUGGAAAUAAUUGUGUUAGAACACACUUUCAGAACAGAUGUUGUUUACUACUAAAACCUUUUCAGACUUUCUUUGGUUUGAAUAAAACACUAUUUGGGGACUAAUCUGCCAAAUCUGGUGUCCACCCUAAGAAAAAAUGGUAUGGGAGUUGUGAGGCCCAGUAGUAAAGUUCAGGUAGUAAUGAGGUCCACAUCUGAUUCAUGCUUUGUGCAAGUCUGAGGCCUAUGAGUAAAGUGCAGCUGUAAAUGUGGGUCUUCAUGUAUGUUAUGGUUUGUGUACACACAAGGAUGGGACCCACAAGAAAGGGAUGAACUUACUAAUAGUUCAUUGUUUUGGAAUACCUGAGGCCCAGAAGUAAGGAUUAGGUAUUUGCAAGGUCCAGCAGUAAGAGCAGAUUAUAUCUGAGAUCAACCACAAAUGUUUGCAGAAGAGAAGGCAGGCAAUGGAUAGAUCAAGUAAGACAGACAAGGCAUUUUACAGGUGAUAGUUUAACAAACAGUAAGAACUUUGAUGCACUAACUUUUAUAGUGGUGUUCUUUUCCAGCUAACAUUAUACCAUGUAAUCAUAUUUCCUAAAAAGGAAGACAGGAGUAUUUACAUUUUGUCACUUGGGUCAUUCACUCUAAUUAAAUGUUGAGGACAUUUGUUUUUAAAGUAAUGAGUGGUCAAUGUAUGACAGCAGAACAUAAAUAGUUUAGUACAAUUCCAUAUCCCAAACUUGGAAAAAAAAAAGGCAAAAAAUCUGAUUCCAUGUACUAGGUGUUUGGAAAUGUAUGCUUUCUAUGGAUAUCACAGCUGAAAUGAACAAACCCUGCACUUGAUACUAUGAUGUGAUUGCAGUAACCUAGUUGUGCUUUGCAUCUUGAUCAUCUACCCCAAGCGUAUUCUAAUAUGUGUUGUGUGAUAUCGUUUUGCAAGUUUUCAUGCACCAGGCCAGUUUAAGGAGUUAAAUUUCACAAGCUGUAUCAUUUAAAGAAAAUGCCCUAAACCGUACUCAUUAAAUAAAUGUCCAUGUACAAAGCUACAUUACAAGAAAUGCCACAUCAGCUAACACUGUAAGCAUCUAGCUUUGGGAAUAGAUUUUGCUGUGCAUUGCUUUCAUUUAUUUUUGUACUGGAAUUAUAAAAGAGGACUAGAAACAGAUGUCUUUUGGAGUGCUUUUAUAUUUCUGUGCUUGUUGUGACUAGCAUGGUGUCUAACAGACCUGUAUGUAAUCCUCAGCUGCAAUAACUGCUUUUGAAGUAUCCUUUAGAUCUCGGAGUUAAACAAGUUUCACCUUUUUCUAGGCUAGUAGCUGGUUUAUGUUAUUACAGCAGCUAGUCCUGUCAACUGUUUGCUGGGGCCUGCUGCCAGAUGUCACUGCUGCCUAUACACAUUAAGUGUAGUGGAAAGUGAAAAUAUAUGUUUUCUUGUUUGAAGUGUGUGUGUAGUACAGUAACGGGGUGAUUUAAUUUCCCUGUCUGUGCCUUCUCAGUGCCUUCAAGCUGAGUCAGCACAGAAACAUAUGGUUUGCUUGAAUGUACCUAAGCUUUGAUUAGCCUCCCCUCCUGUAAUUGGUUCUGCUUCUCACACACUGUCAGUAGCCACAGAUGAUACUAACAGUAUUGUUUAAUUACACGGUGAUAGGAAGGAUGGCUGCACCUCUUCCUGCUACAGUUUGCUACUGCAGUGUUACAAGAAAUGAUUACUUUGUUUAAAGACAUCGGCUGACCACUUGCACUUAAUUCCUGUUUUAUUUUAGGAGUGGCUAUUCCUUUGAACAGUAUGAGUGUAACAUUACACGACUCUCUCUCGACUACAGUACCAAUGGAAAUCAGAAGCUAAACAAGGAGAAUGCUGUACCUGGCUGGAUAAUGGGCAAUUACACAACAUAGUACAAAUCGGGUAGUUACUGCUACAACCUAAUAGUACCAAGUAAGGAAUACCCUCAUAUAGAAUCACAUGACCACUUACUAACGCACAAAAUAUAGGCUUGGCUCUGAGAGUUUUAUAAGCUGCUUCGUGCAGAGUAUCUAUCUUUAGUUAAAAACUGAAAAAACAAUACUCUUGCUGAGAUUUAAUAAAGAAUACAAAGCCCUAUAUGUGUUAUAUACACUGGAAGCAAAACUGAAACUUUUAACUGGGUGUGUAUCAACGUCAUUUGUAACUCCCACCCUGGGACAGCAUGUUCCUACUUUUGACAGUAAUGUCAAAUGUCUCAGAAAACUGUCAAACUCAGGACAGUCUCAGCAACAUUCUAUGAUCUUGUGGCAAAGUAAUUUAGCUUAUAGUUAUAUAUAUGUCUUCUGUGAAAAAUGCCUUCCAUUGUACACUGUAGCUUGAAUAUUACAUCGUUUAGUCCUUCUAAUAAUAGUUUUCAUUUCCUUAAAGAGAAACAAAAAUGACAUAGACAAAUUCUUUUAAUGUAAUGCUUAGAUUCUUAGAAAAAAAUUCAUCAAUGCAUGUAUUAACACCCUCAGUGUCCACAUCCCCAGAGUUUCUUUUCUGCACAUUCCACUGUAAAAGAAAUGCACAUGAAAAUAAGGUUUUAGACAUCUGGUUUUAAAUAUUUAGCACAUUUCCCUGUGGUUCUAUUAUUGUUUUCUACUGUUUCAGUUUCUUAUGACCUUAUGGUUAAGGCAGGUAAGUGUAUACAAGACAUAUUUCUUAGCACUGCACAUAAGACAGCUAAGUGUAUACAAGACAUAUUGCUUAGCACUGCACAGAAUGCAAUGAGAGAGUAGUUUGAGAAAUCCUAUCAGUUGCAAGCCUUGCAGAAGUCACUUGUGUGUUUAAACUUACUAUACCCUUUUACAGCGAACAGUACAUUUAAGGAAAUGUUAUAGCACAGGAUUAAAACUGUUACAAUUUUUCUGUGUUACCAUCCACAUUAUAAAAUAUAUGCUAUGAUACACGUUUGCACUAUAUGUUUAUCAUCUCUCUUAUGAAACAGACAUAUUUCUUGAGUCCUUUUUGACCAAGGACUGCACAUCUUUGUCCAGUCAACCUGGAUGUUAGUGUCAGAUUUGCUAGUUUUGUUAAGAGUUUACGUUUGAGAAGAUUUACCAAUACUGGUAUCUUUACCAAAGUUUUCAUUUUGGUGUUGUUGAGUUCCUUUUCUUAAGGAUUUAAUGUGUGUCAAGAGGAGGUGGGUAAUGCCAUUAAUGCUUUCAGGAUUUCCCAUCAUGGCCUGCACUCAGUGGAGUAAUCUGGACCUAGGGUUAUGGGCUUUUUUAAAUUAACUCUAUUGAAAAUAUAGGUAGCUCUGGCUACUGCAGCCACUGUGGCUGUCCAUUCAUUACUUAAGAGUCAGGCCUUACUCAGUGAAGUGCUUAACAUUUGUCAGAAACUGUGUCUAUGAUGUAUCAUUUAAUUUAUGAUGACAGUGUUACCCCAACUAAUGUCAUGUUAAAUCUGAGAAUGAUAGGGUUUAGCAUCCCUGCAAUCUCAUCUGGAUCUAUAUUGUGGCCAUUUUACACCUCAGUUUGUGCAAAUGAUUGAAAGGUGCCAACACCUGACUGUUUGCAGAUAAAGUACUACUGAUGUUUUAUUUUUAUUGUUUUGGAUUUUUAUAAUGUUUCUGGUACGAUUGUUGCUCUGUAUUCUUGUUUAUGUAUAUGGUUUGAGUAUGAAUAAAGUUUUACAAAACAUG